GCGCCCCUCCUCAUGCCACGUGACAUUUACGACCCAGCUGUCCCUGACUCCCCUGCUCACUCUGCCUCAUCGCACGAGCACCAGCAGCAGCAGCAGCAGCAGCAGCAGCAGCAGCAGCAGCAGCAGCAGCAGCAGCAGAAGGAGCAGCAGCAGCAGCAGCAGCAGCAGCAGGUGCAGCAGCAGCAGCGGAUGGAGCAGCAGCGGCAGCAGCAGCAGCAGGAGGAGGCGCAGCAGCAGCAACGGAUGGAGCAGCAGCAGCAGCAGCAACCGCAGGCAGUGCAGCAACAGCAGCCGCAGCAGGAGGUGCAGCAGCAGCGGCAGCAGCAGCCACAGCAGCAUCAGCAGCAGCAACCACAGCAGCAACCUCAUCCAACUUCAAUCAUAGUGACUCUGAGGAUUGUCAACUUCUCCUAGGGCAGAUUACCCCCCAGUGCGCCAAACGCCAUAGCUCGCUCGUUAAGC